AUGCUGCUGCACAUGAGCGCAGAUUAUCAUCACGUGGUUGAUGACUGUGAAGAGGCGUGGGUCGCGUGGGCGCGUUUGAAGACGCUGUACGGCGGGUCGCAGAAGGCUGGACGCAUCUACUUGAAGCGCCAGCUGUUCAGCAUGGAGAUGGCGGAAGGCGGCAAUGUGAUGCAUCAUUGCAACGAAGUCCUCAACAUCAGCGCGAAGCUCAGCAGCAUCGGCGCCGAGAUGGAGGACGAGGACGUUGCGAUCUGCUUGUUGCGCAGCCUCCCCAAGAGCUACGAGAACGUCGUUCUCAACUUGGAGAUGAGCAGCGCGGAACUGCGAUCGCGAGACGUCGUGAGAGUGCUCACGAAUGAGCACAUCAAGAGGCAAGGUGACAAGACGACAUCGGUGAAGACUGAAGACGCGGCCAAGGCGUUCAGUACCGAGCGUGAACCUCGCCAGUGUACAUACUGCGGAAAAUUGGGGCACACGGCGGAGCGGUGCUGGACCAAGCAGAAGGACGAGAAUCAAGGUGGAGCUCGACGCGGCGGCAACAAUGCUCGUGGACGCGGAGCCAACAACGUUCAGUGGCGAACCAACAGCAACAACGACGACAACUGCGAUCGAGUUGCGUUCGCGGUUUCGCUGGAGGCCGGACUUUCGACGGGCAAGAAUAUGCCAGGGAUGUGGGCAGUCGACAGCGGUGCGACGCAUCACAUCUGCAACGACAAGGCCAAGUUUGCAAGCCUGAAUGAGCGAGAGGAAGGCGAACUAUCAGUGGCUGAUGGCAGCAAGGCUGCGAUCAAGGGUGUGGGAACCAUCAUGGAACGGGUGGUUCUGCCCAAUGGUGACGAACGCGACAUCGAGAUCAAGGACGCGCUGUUCGUACCAAGCAUGAGCAAGAAUCUGCUUUCGGUGCCACAGAUCAACAAGGGUGGGAGGUUCCAAGUCGUGUUCGAUGGAUCCAAGAUGCAAGUGAAGCGCAAGAAUUCCACACAAGUCGUGGCAACAGCGGAUCUCGUCGAUGGACUUUACUGGCUGCGGACUCCUCAACGAUCGGCAAAUGCAGCAACACGCAAUGGGAACAUCGACUUGCAUGCGCGCAUGGGUCAUGCACCUCUCGAAGUUCUGCGCAAGAUGGUGGCCACUGGCAUGAUCAAGGACGCCAAGGCACCUCUCAACUCGACUGGUCCAAGUGUGUGUCGCGGUUGCCAGCAAGGAAAGAUGGUCUAA